AUGGUGGAAAAGAAGUUGAGGUUUUGGUAUGAGAAAGAUGAGAAGAAAAGGAAAAGGACUCUAAAGAUUUCACCUAGAGUGACUACACCGAAAAUUGUUAUUAAGGAGCCAACAAAGAAGAAAUCACCUCCAAGGUUGAUUGAUGAACAUGAGAUUCCUCCAACAGACUUGAUAAAGCAAGGUGCAGGACUCUUAAACAUAACGCUUGAAGAAUAUCAGAAGCAUGUUGCUGAUGAACCUGCUAAAGAUGCUGCAAAAUCUCAAGGUUCUAAUGUUGAAAAGGAAGCUGAAACAUCUGCAAAGAACGUUGAAGCUGAAGGUGUCAAAGAGACUUUAGUUGAAGGUGUUGCUGAAUCUGAUUCAAGUGCAACUGAAAUUGAUGACCCAACUAAGAUUGCACCGACAUCUUAUAUUUCUGGAAAGCAAAAGUUGAAGAGAUCUCCAAAAAAGAAGAAGGAUUCUGAUGAAGAAGAUUCAACUUAUGAGCCAACACCACAAGAAAAGAAAAAGAAAGUUCAAAGUGUUCAAGUCCCUGAAGUUGAAAAGAAGAAAGCACCUAAAAGUCCUAUAUUUGAAAGAGUUGAAAAGAAUGAUGAAGUUCCUGAAAAUGUUGAAAAGGUUGAUGAUGUAGAGGUGGAAUAUAUGGGAGAAAGACAAUCUUCACCACCACCACCACCACCAAUCAAUCUAACGAUUCACAUUCACGAUGAUCCUAAAGAUCCGUCAUCUGCAAAGAAAGCCACUAUUUCAAGCUCAAGCGAAGGGAAGAUUAAUGUCCUUACAAAGAAAGUCAGUAUGUUAGAAAAGGCAAAGGCAAAAGCAGAAGCUGAGCGAGAAGAGUUAAAAGAAAAGUUUGAAGCUUAUAAAACAGAGAAUACAGAAUUGAAGAAAGCUGCAAAUAAUCAUUCUGAAAUUAUUGAUCAGUUGACUGAUGAUCUUGAAGAACAAAACAAAGUCAUUGACAUAAUCACUGCAGAGUUUGAUGAAGUGAAUGAGAAGUAUGAGACCAUGUAUGAGACAAACAAGACACUUCAUCAGAUGAUCGGUGAACUGCAUGAAACUUCUUCAAAUGAGAACAAGGUGUUGAGGCAAGAGAUUGAAACCUUAAGGGCUGACAAAGCAGUGAAAGAUGAACAGUUGAACAUGCUUUACACUGUGAUAGAACACAAGCUUGGAUUCAACAGUCAGUCUGUGUUUGAUGAAUUGGAAAUUCAAAGAGUUGAGGAAAGAAUAAUAGAAAGGGAAAAGCAGUUGGCUGAAGAAGCAAAGCAGAAAAAGAAAGGGUUAGUGAUUGAUAACGAAGAGAUUCUUGGGUCUUCUAGCCAACAAGAUCCAUCUGAAGCUGAAGAGGAAGAUAAAAAGAAAAAGGAUGCAGAGUUGGAACAGUUGUUUGAUGAUAUUGACAACUAUGAUCCUAAUGGUGAUAAUGAUGACGAUGAUGAUCAAGGGGCAACAGGGUUGUUAGUAGUGAAACCUUCAGUAUUCCUAACUCAACCUAAAGUUAUUUUCUUACACGCAUCAUUUGAGGGGGAGUUAGAGGUAGAAAGAUCAAGGGAAUCUAUGUUAGAAGAAUUGGGGAUGGAUGAUGGGAAUUUAAAGUUUGAUAUUGAAUAUGAUAUUCCACCAUCGCCUGAAAGAGAGUAUACGUUUAAGUUUGUCAAUGAAGUCGAUAAUUUCAAAGAUGUAAUCAUUGAAGAGGGGUCUGAUGUUUCUGACGAAGACACACCUUUUCAUUAUUCGGAUGAAGUGCGAAGGAAAGUGGUAGAAAGAAUUAGUUCUGAAGGUGUUCCUGAAACGGUACCUCAAGAAGAAUUGCUUGAAGGUAGGAAGAAAUGGUUCAGGGUGAUGCCUAAGGAGAGGAAGUACAAGAGGCCACUUCAGUAUUUCACGGAUCAUCCAGAUAAAUCUCUGGGUGAUAUUCUAUCGUGGGGCUAUCUUGAAGAUCUUCAAGUAUAUGCUAUUCAAAGAGAGCACAGGGUACAGUAUUUCCAGUUUCUUUCUGAUAUCAAAACACUCCCAUGGAGGGAUAUGGAGGAGCUUGUGCAAACGAAGAAUAUCAAACAGUUCUACUAUGGUCUUGAUGUAAAGAUGCAUGAUCAAAAGUUGUGGAACUACAUAAAGCUCCAAGCAAAGAACAAAUUUCCAGAUUGGAAGCCACAUGUAACACCCCAAAUCCCGAAUGAUUAUAUGUGCCGUAUGUUCCUCUAUGACUUAGCAUGA